AUGAAACGAGUUGUGAUAUUUGGCAGUACCGGGACUACCGGUCUCUGCUCUCUGAGAACUGCCGUGGAAAAAGGUCUGGAGGUAAAAGCUUUUGUAAGGAACAAAGCCAAGAUUCCUAAGGAUCUUAAAGAUAAAGUCGAAACAAUUAUUGGAGAUGUUACUAAUGCAAAGGAAGUCGCAAAAGCAGUAGCGGGUACAGAUGCUGUUGUGGUAGUACUUGGUACAGGAAGAGAUUUGAAUCCCACUACCGUGCUAUCACAAGGCAUGCAAAAUAUAAUAGACGCUAUGAAAGCACAUAAUGUUGAUCUGGUCUCUGUAUGCCUAUCAGCGUUUUUAUUCUACACGCUUGAAGAAACGCCUGCUGUAUUUAGAGAUGUGACCAAAGAUCAUCAGCGCAUGUUUGAUAUAACCAAAUCAAGUGGCUUAAAGUGGGUGGCAAUAUUUCCACCACACAUCGCAGACACACCAAAGUCCAAGUAUAAUAUUGCAUUUGAUUCUUCACCUGGACGAGCAAUCUCCAAACACGACUUGGGUGCAUUUCUCGUUGAAUGUCUCGAAAAUCCUGAUUAUUACCAAAAGGUACUUGGCAUCGCGAAUACAUCAUAAUCGUGAGAAGAAAUGUAAAGAUAUAUGAAUAAUAAGAAGCACGUAUUUUUCUGAUAAUAAAAAAAAAAUAUAUUUUGUAAUAAAUAUAUAUAUAUACUUGUAUUACAUGUUA